AUGGGAGGCGUAUUCGAAGGUCCAAGACCGUUAUGUCAACAUGGAAUGGUGUGCUGUGAACGAAAAGUCAAGAAAGAUGGUCCGAAUCAAAACCGUCUGUUUUACUGCUGUCCGAAGGACGACUCUUGUGGUUUCUUCGAAUGGAAGCAACAAGGUCCUCGGGUGACCAACACUGGCAUCAUGCUCUUCAGUAAUCCACUACAAUACCAGUACAUGAUUGAAGAAACAGGAGAGACAUUUAAUAGUUCUAAAUCUAACACUAAAGAGGCCAAUGAUGAAUUUCGUAGAUUUGGUUUAACAAGUGAACUUGAUAAAAUAGACCUCUUGUAA